AUGGAAAUAAUUCAUUUUGGUGGGAGAGAUUUAGCCGAAACCCCCGACCCUGUGCAGAUUUCCCGCCAAUUACAACCCCGUCAAGAUAUCCGCGUUCUUUUGGAGAAGGGUGUCAGGGUCAAGAACUGUGCCGAUGACAAUCGCGAGACUAUUGAGCGCGAAUUUGAGCUAUUUGCCAAUAAAUUUGUUCAAACUCACCAAUUUUUUUUGGAAAAAUGGUUGGUGUGGGCAUUAUUUUGGGUUGCAGAAGCCUCGUCUAAAUUGCAAAGCUUUUUCAAUAUGUUUGACGAGGAUCUAGCUGAAUGCUUGAAGGCCAUAAAGGAUGCAGCAGCAAAGAGGGCGACAGAGGGGGAAGCUGCCAACAAGGAUGAGAAUAAUGUUGUGGAGAAUGGAGAAAGCGAAGUGGAGUGGGUAAUAGCCCCCGAAAAAGCUGCCGUUUAG